AUGGGAUUCUCGAGGACUUUCUCGGAGUUGGUCGCCCCAUUGAUCGUCUGUGCGGUGCUUUCUCGGAGCGAGGAGGUCUGCGAAACUGAGAGCUGCCAAGCCAUUGCCGAAGGAUACAGACUAAAUGGGAGCGAAUCGGUCGAACCAUGUGAUGAUUUCUUCUCCUACGUCUGUGAGAAUUGGAUCAAAUCUCAUCCUUGGUUCGAGGGUACAGAGAGCCUACGCAAUGUCAGGAUUUCCACGCAACAACGGCUUUCGGAAGUCAUCGAAGUUGUUCUCAGCAAGAGACUGAAGAACCUGCAGAAACGUUUUCCGAGCCUACGCGAGUCUGAGGUUCAGGCUUUGAAGUUCUACACGAGCUGUGUCCGGUCCCAAGAAACUCCAAAUAUGGAUAUGUUACUGACGACAUUGCGGAGAUUUUUCCAUGACGUUGGACUCGACUUCUUCGACGAAGACCUCUCGGGAACAUCCCCGACGGCAUUUUCGGUUCUGCUGGCUCUCUCAAUCAAGUACGGCAUAAGUCCCAUUUUCAAGGUGAUCGUCGAUCACGAAUCAAUUACUCUGACAAGGAGUUCCCCGCCCAGGGCGGACGAUCACGCAACUUUCGAGCAUUCAGAUAUGGAAACUUUCUGGAAAAUCCAAUUGCUCGAGUACUUUGUCAAAGACGAUAAGUACGAUAUCCGUAUCGUGAAUCUUCUAGGAUCAAUGUUCAACGCCCUUCAGAUCCAGCUCGAUUCGGUGAGCCUGAUGAGGAUAGGGAGAAAUUAUUUCGCGAUCAAGAAGGCCAUAAAGUCUUUAUUCAACAUCCGAAUGCUCAGCUAUGACAGAACGCUGGCCGAGUGGGAGACACUCUCGGCGGUUCCCUGGAUGAACUACCUCAAUUCUCAUAUGGACAGCGCAGCUAGAGUGCAAGGAAAGCACCGACUCAAAAUGGAUUCCGCGUACUUCGAGCUUAUCGUGACCAUCACCACAGACCCGCAGCUGACAACGAUCUUCAAAGAUUUCAUCGCCGUUCACCUCCUGAUCAGCGAGUUCGGUGAACUCAUCGGUGAAAUUUCUCAUCGAAGUUUCUGCAGUUUCAUGCUCUCGUGUUGGGACCUCCACAAGAAAGUGGAACAUCGCUGCGCUGAGAAACAGACCAUCGAGGAAAUGAAAUGGACGUCGGUGGCUAUCGUCUCGCGAGCGCUCCACACGAGUUACAGCACUUUCACAGUCCGUUAUUUAUUCAGCCUCUUGAAAUGUGUGCUGGUCGAGGAAUUGACUAAGAGAAUGGACGUAGACAUCACCGUAACUCGCUCUGUUCUGCCUCGAAUUCUUCUCUUGCGGGACAGGGUCGCUUUUCCGCGAUACCUGGAGAGAUAUGAAACCACCGAGUAUCGAGUAUCCAUGUCGCAGGAAGACUUCUUGGAAAACAUAGUCGCCGUGAAGCGAGCUCGACAGAUGAAGGCUCUGUCGGUUUUCGGCGAUAGCCUGCAUAGGAAUGAGCCGAUGCUCGAGCACACGCACGCGCUAUACUCCACGAUCUAUGAUGACAUCUAUCUACCGGCCUAUAUGAUGCAGUACCCUUAUCUGGUUGAGGGAGCUCCACUCUGGCACAGUUUGGCUGCUUUGGGUUGGGUUGCGGCUCACGAGAUCGGCCAUGCUUUUGAUCUUUAUGUCCUCUCCUCGCCCAGAGAUUCCCCCCCACAGAAUGCAUCGGACUUCCAGAGAAAAUACGCUGAAUCUCAGCAAUGUUUCGCGGCACAGUUCGCGAUACCGGGCAAGAGAUCAGGAUUUCAAGUUCUAGGGGAGGCCAUGGCCGAUAAUCUCGGAUAUCGUCUGGUUGUCGAAAGCUUUAAAUAUCUUCGGCAGAAACGGAAGCUCCCUACUCUGAGACUUCAUCGUCUUACUCAAACUCAACUAUUCUAUGUGACGUUGGCGUUCGUGCAAUGCUACGCAACAACAGCCGUGAACAUGGAUUCCUUGACAGGAGUCCAUCCGCCUUUCUACCAUCGGGUGAACCGAGGGCUCUCGAACAUCGAAGAGUUCGCCAGCGCUUUCCAGUGCCGAUCACAUCACGCCAUGGUGGCCAAGCCCCGUUGCUCCAUAUGA